UCAAAGAAACAACUAGGCAAGCUUCCCUUGUAAGAAUACUUAUCAACCCCCUUCACCAUGGCCCACCUGGGAGCCCAUUUUGCCUUUAGAUCCCGCUGGCAGAAGACGGAUGAUGACCUCUGUCGAUAUAGCAUGUCCUUUAUCCUUCACAAAGCCAUUCACAAUGACUUCUUUCAGAGCUAUCUCUACUUGCUGGAAAAAAUAUCCCUGGUGAAACUGUAUGCUUUGACAAGCCAAGUUAUCAACGGUGAGAUGCAGUUCUAUGCCAGAGCUAAACAUUUCUAUCAAGAAGUACCAGCCACAGAAGAGGGUAUGAUGGGAAAUUUCAUUGAACUCUCCAACCCAGAUGUGCAGGCCUCUCAGGAAUUUCUUAGGAAAUUUGUUGGGGGCCCCGGGAAAGCUCGGAUGGACUCGGCCUUGGAUUGCGGCUCUGGGAUUGGACGGGUCAGCAAGCAUGUCUUGUUACCAGUUUUCAACAGCGUGGAACUGGUGGACAUGAUGGAAUCUUUCCUUCUUGAAGCCCAGAAGUACUUGCAGGUCAAAGGGGGUAAAGUGGAAAGUUACCACUGCUACAGCCUGCAGGAAUUCACACCCCGCUUUGGAAGAUAUGAUGUCAUCUGGAUUCAGUGGGUCUCUGGGUACCUGACUGAUAAAGACCUUCUUGCAUUUCUUUCCCGGUGCCGAGAUGGCUUGAAAGAAAAUGGCGUCAUCAUACUGAAGGACAAUGUGGCACGGGAGGGCUGUGUCUUCGAUCUCUCAGACAGCAGCGUGACACGGGACAUGGACAUCCUCCAGAGCCUCAUUAAGAAGAGCGGGCUGGUGGUGCUGGGCCAGGAGAAGCAGGAGGGUUUUCCAGAGCACUGUAUCCCGGUGUGGAUGUUUGCUCUGCACAGUGCUGGACACUCUUGACCAGCACUGGGAAUAACC